AUGACGGAUUCCGCCCCGCCGAAGCGCCUCGCCUGCAUCGCGUGCACUCGGGCCAAGCGCAAGUGCAGCAAGCAGACGCCCUCGUGCCACCGCUGCGCAGCCAAGAAGGUCGUCUGCCGCUAUCCCGCUCCGCGCGUUGCGCCGCCGUACGACUUCGUCUUCUCGCAGGACGGCGCCGUCUCCGUAAUUCCUAUCCCGGACACGGCGGACAGACACCCGCUGCCAACUCCGCCGUCCCAGGUCGGUGAGCAGCAGCAGCAGCAGCAGCAGGCGGAAGAGCAGCCGCAGGGCCAGACGGAGCUCAGCCCUUCUGCGCAUGGAGCUCGAGCAGCGGCGGACUCUCUGAAGGACCCCUGGUUUCUGUCGCCUUCGUCGUGGGAUAUUGACCACAGGCACGGCCCGAUACCGUCGCAAAUCUACUUUAGCGAUGAGGCUCUCACGUAUUUCAUCGACCAGCUUCGCGGCUGGUUGAGGCAGUGGACUACCGAGGGCCAUUGCCCCUUUAUCCACCAGCAGCUGUGGAGGAUCCAUCUUCCGGACAAUAUCCAAGAUGCCUUCACUUCCCUAGCCGCCUAUAAUUCCAAGACGCCCGCAACAGAGAAGACGGUCCUCCGCAUCAUCGAGAGUCGCGUCAACAAUCUGGUCGACACCCAGCAUGCCAGCAGCGUGGGGGACUUUGGGGUCAUCAUGCUUGAUCCCGCGUGCCAUCUUGCAAGGACGCAGGCCCUCUUGAUAUACAAAAUCAUCCGGCUCUUCGACGGCGACAUCCGCGCUCGUGCCCAGGCGGAGAAGAACAUUGACACUCUUGCUCUCUGGGCCCGACAGCUAUGGCAGAGCGCCGGGCUUGCCCUGUCGUCGAGUUCUCACAAGGAGCUGAGCAGCGGCCCGGUCGGCACGCAACUACGGACAGACGGGACCCUCACGUCGACGUGGCAGGCGUGGAUAUUCUCCGAGUCCAUUCGGCGCACGUACCUGGCGGCGACCCUUACGGAGGCUGUGUACUUGACGCUGAAGCAAGGCUGGUCUCCAUGUCCCGGGGGCAUCGUCUUCUCUGGCGGCGCAGGUCUGUGGGAUGCGACAUCGCCAUUCGCCUGGGUGAAGCGUUAUCAGGAGAAUGCCGUCAACAGUAUCCGCUGUAUUGAUGGGGAGCAGCUGUUUUCCAGUGCCAAGGCGUCGGACGUUGACGAGUUUUGCCAAGCUACGAUGAUUGUGUCGUACGGGCUGGAGAGGUUUGACCGGUGGCGCAAUGAGAUGAUGUGA